GAGUAGGCUACUUUGGCGAAAGUAUACGAAAUGAAAGGCGGAUUAUACUGCAAUAAUAAAUGUGUCCGUUGUGCGUAUUAAGAGGAGUAACCUGGCCAUGUGACUAAGCAUAUUCUGCCGAAGGACCUUGCGAAAACCAAAAUAAAGCAUCCAAGUAUAGCUAACCUCAUCCAUUUAUACAGCACAGAAGGAAACAUUUGUCAGAAAAAAGAAAAUGGAGCGUAUUGCGUGUAUAACCCGCGUUCAAAGUUUCAGUGCCUGUCAUCGAUUGCACAGCAAGUCCCUGAGUGAUGAAGAGAACAGGAAGAUAUUUGGAAAGUGUGACAACCCCAAUGGUCAUGGGCACAACUAUAAAGUUGAAGUGACCAUACGUGGAAAAAUCGACCCCAUUACUGGCAUGGUUAUGAACCUGACAGACCUGAAGAAGUAUAUGGAGGAGGCCAUCAUGACCCCCCUUGAUCACAAAAACCUGGAUAAGGAUGUACCCUAUUUCGCAGACGUUGUUAGUACAACUGAGAACUUGGCUGUGUACAUCUGGGACAGCAUGGAAAAGCUCCUUCCACCAAGCUUGCUCUAUGAGAUCAAGAUACAUGAAACUGACAAUAACAUUAUUGUAUAUCGUGGAGAAUAGUUGCAUUCCAGUAUUUGGAAUCAGAAUGAAUUUUUGGAAAUGCAAAUUAUGAAGGUUCAUUAUUUAAUGAUGGCAUUUGCAAGUCAGAUAAGGCUUAAAGUUUCCAUUUCUUUUUUUCCAGUAUCGAUCAGGCUGAUCAUUAAUCUUUGCUGUCUGUGGUCUGUGAAGUGCAGCAUCUUCCCACUGAUUUACAUCAGGAUACAGUGUCUCUGUCUACCUAAUUUCAGUGUUUACUUGUUAUUCUGUCAAUUGCAUAAAAUAAAGUGGUAUAAUAACAGCAGAGGGGGCUAGUACUCUGCCCCUGCUGUUCGUUUUGCUAUUUGAUUUACCAAGCAUAGAUAGCAAAGCCUGUCAUUAUUGGCAAGAGUUGUUUGCUAUAGAAUAAUGAGUGUAACAAAUCUAUAAUUAUGAACACCAAAACCAUUUGUAAACUGAAGACAAGUCAUAUUAUUGUCUUGGACAUUCCAAUUGAAUUAAAGCAGUUUGUUUUUAUAUUCUAUAGCCACUAAUCCUGUGAUCAAAUUUAUUUAUUUUUGUUUGGUAUAAAGGAUUGAUGAUGAUAAUGAUGAUAUUCAGGUGUUAAACGGCUACCAAAUACAUUUGAAGAAACUAGCGAAAAGUACUAAUGUAUGCAAUUUUAGAAAUAGCUUUUAGGCGUAAGCAGAGAUGUUAUUUCAUUUUAUGCUGCACAAUUUAGAAUAACCGGCUGAUAUUUUGCAGAAUUUUGCAUAUAUAUUUUACUGAAUUGAGACCCUGAAAAAACUGGCUUGUAAUGUGAUGUGGCUGCUUGCCUGCUAUCAGGAGUACUUCUGUAUCAGCAGUGCUUUAAGUGUUGCUGGUGUCAAAAAAAAGUUAACGUAAAAACAAUAUAAAAAAGCUUUUCCAAUAA